AAUUUUCUACUGCGAAGCAGAACUUUAUUCUUUUCUCCAGGUUCCAGAGGGCACCAGCGCUCUCGCAAGUAUGGCGGAGGCGAAAGUGUACGGUCGCAAUCACACUCUGUCAUUCUACUUUACACUCUCCAUAGCAAAGCCACCACGACGUGUCGUUCGGUUUCCUAAUGGCCUCUCCUUUGACUCGCCGAAGCCCCCUCCCCAUCGUGUCUUAGCUAUGGUCGUCAAGAGAAGCCCCAAGCGUCUCAAGUACUCCGCUCCUCGUUUUCCCAAGGAGGAUGGCUUACUUUAUGUAGAAGCCGAUCCAUCAGGAGCAGACAGUUGGAAGUUAGAUCCAGUCAUUCAACUUUUAAAGGAGGGAGCUGUGGGGGUCAUUCCUACAGAUACUCUGUAUGCAAUAGUAUGUCAUCUGAAAAGCCAUGCAGCCAUUGAACGUCUUCGUAGAAUAAAAAAUAUAGAACCUUCCAAGCCCCUUAGCAUCUUAUGCCACUCUUUGAGAGAUAUAGACAUAUAUACAACUGGGUUCCCUUGUGGUGAUGGCCAAGGACAUACAAAUAUAUUUCGAGCUGUCAAGCAUUGCCUACCUGGGCCUUAUACUUUCAUCUUAAAUGGAAGCAAAGAAUUACCUAAACAAUGUGUAAGGUAUGGGACUACAAGCGCCAAAUAUGCUCCAAGGAAAAAUGUGGGUGUUCGUAUCCCUGAUGAUGCCAUAUGUCAAGAAAUACUAGAGAAGAUGGAUGCACCUCUUAUAUCUACAAGUGUUAAGUGGCCCAAGGAUAAUGAGUGGAUGGUAGAUCCUGUUGUGAUAGCUGAUAUAUAUGGACCAGAGGGUCUUGAUUUUGUUGUUGAUGGUGGUGUAAGAGUGGCGGAUCCUUCCACUGUUGUUGACAUGACUGUUGUUCCUCCGAGAGUAAUACGACAAGGGAAGGGACCUAAAUUGUACUGGAUGGUAGCAGAAGAUGAUAAUGAAUCUGCAUUGCAUGCUGAAGAUCUCAUCCCUUCCGCCACUUAGGGACAAAACCUUGUGCAGAACCACAUUUCAAGUAAUAUCAGAAUUGGACAGGUUAUCUUCUUAUGCUGAAGUGUUAGUUUUUUAUUCGAGAUUUAGCACCUUCCCUGACAACUUAGUAAAACAUCUAAACAUGUUGUAAAUGUCUAGUGAAGAAAUGGUAAGAUACCCAAAAAAAAAUAAAAAAAUAGUCACGGACUUGUAAUGAGUGA